AUGGUAGGGGAGGAGGUCUCACCCAAAUGUGACUGUUAUUUUGUAGCUGGAAAGAACAUGGUGCAUCAGCUCCAGGCCCAGGUUGAUACGGCAACCCAGGAGGAGAGCCCUCAAGGGCCUGUGCUGCUGAGUCAGUCCCAAGAACAAACAUCUGUGCCAUAUAUUCCAGAGACCAUGGGGCAACAACUGAUGGUUUCCUUUUCUGGGGAGCCUUAUGGGUCCUCUGCAAUGCCAAGCAUGUGCCCAAGCCUGAUUCUCCAGCCCUGUGCCACCGGUAUCCCUAUGCUACUGCAGCCACAGGUCCUGGGCCCCAGUGCCUCCGACCAGGCUUCGGUUUACACUACUUUGGAGUGGCAGGAGAUGCUUGAGGCUGCUGAAGCUUUGCUGGCUCUGAAAAAUUCUUCUCAGACACGUCACCAGCCCUGUGGCAUGCCAGGUCCUGCUGGAGAAAGAGGACUGCAGCUGGCCAGCCCCUCUAUGCCACCCCCGCCUGCCAGCUCUGGUUCACUGCCUUCUGGACAUCUGGAUUGCAUGUCCCUCUUGACCUAA